AUGGAUGCUUUCAUCUUGUCAGCCACUAUUUCUAUUGCUGCUGUAGCUCUGAUAUAUCUAUGGAAAUUUUUGGAUUGGGUGUGGUUUACCCCCAAAAAACUCGAAAAAAUCCUACGUCAGCAGGGCUUCAAGGGAAAUUCUUACAAGCUUUAUUAUGGAGAUUUCAAAGAGAUAGGAAGGAUCACUGGAGAAGCCUUGUCCAAACCCAUGGAGUUCACCAAUGAUAUUCAGCCUAGAGCUACUUCCAUUUACCAUCACGCUACCAAAAAAUAUGGUGAAAAUAACUUCAUUUGGUUCGGUCCGAGGCCUUCGAUAAGCAUCACGGAUCCCGAGAUCAUAAGAGAGAUUUUUUCGAAAAACAAUGUUUACUUGAAGCCUUCCGGUAAUCCAGUUGCGAAAAUGUUCAAAGGACUCGCAACGUACGAGAAAGAAAAAUGGGCCAAACAUAGAAAGUUGAUCAAUCCCGCCUUCCACGUUGAGAAAUUAAAGCAUAUGGUUCCGGCUUUCCACGUCAGCACGGUUGACAUGCUGAAGAAAUGGGAUGCGAUCGUGCCAGAUGGCGGAUCAUGUGAAGUCGACGUGUGGCCUCAUCUUCAGACCAUGACGAGCGACGUGAUUUCAAGAACUGCGUUCGGGAGUAGCUACGAGGAAGGGACGGAGAUCUUUCAGCUCCAGAGGAAGCAAGUGGAGCUCAUCAUCGAAGCGGGCCGCCACAUGCCCGUCCCGGGAUGGUUGCCCACCAAGAACAACCGAAAGAUGAAGGAGGUUGUGGCGGAGGUCGAGUCACGGGUGCUCAGGAUCAUCAACAAGAGGAUGAAGGCGAUGGAGGCCGGUGAACCGAGCUCGGGUGACUUGUUGGGUAUAUUAUUGGAAUCCAAUGCAAAGGAGAUAAGAGAACAUGGAAAUGCAUCCGGAAUGACGAUGGAGGAUGUGAUGGAGGAAUGCAAGGUUUUCUACUUUGCCGGUCAGGAGACUUCUGCGUCUAUGCUGGUAUGGACAAUGAUCCUUCUGAGCAAGCACGAGGAUUGGCAAGCCCGCGCCAGGGAUGAGGUUUUGCAAGUUUUCGGGAAACGGAAACCGGAAUAUCAAGAGCUAAACCACCUCAAAGUUAUGAACAUGAUCCUGAACGAGUGUCUGAGGGUGUAUUCACCGCCCACAACGCUCACUAGGUUUACGCACAGCGAGGCUAACUUUGGAAAGUAUCGUAUACCAGCCGGAGUGCAGCUAGUGCUUCCCGUGCUAGCAGUGCACCAUGACAAGAAGCUGUGGGGGGACGACGCCACCAGCUUCAAACCUGAGAGGUUCGCUGAAGGCGUGUCCAAGGCCACACAGGGUCAGCCUAAGUUCAUACCCUUCGGGUCGGGGCCUAGGGUUUGUAUCGGGCAGAACUUCGCGAUGUUGGAAGUGAAGAUGGCGAUGGUGUUGAUUCUGCAGAAUUAUUCGUUCAAGCUUUCGCCGUCGUAUUCGCAUGCUCCUCAUGCGCUCAUCACUCUCCAGCCUCAAUUUGGAGCACAUUUGAUUCUUACCAAACUUUAAUUGAUUUUUUUAUACUUUUUUUAUUUUGUUUUGUGUGUUUUCUU